UUCUGCUGUGGGAGUGAUUUCAGCCAGUAUUAACCCUCCACGCUGUUUUCCCUUUGUCACAGUGCGACCACCUGCGCUCUGCAACCCUUAAGGCGGUGGCUGUCCAACAGAAGAAAGACAGACAAGACUGAAGAAGGAAAAAAAAAAGCGACUAGGAGCAUCUAAACAUGUCAACCACCGGGGAAGUGUCACCUUUUUUCCACAGUGUGGGCUCUGACAGUCCCUCCAGGCCAAGGCAGAAAUUUUGUGGCGUGUUUUGCCCGGUGGAAGGCUCCUCAGAGGCGAAGACGCUGGACUUUGACGCGCUGUCAGCGUGCAGAGGCAGGAGCUCCGGAGGGAAAGUCAUUGACCGGCAAAGCGACAUCUCCCAGCCCAGGAAGGUGGAGAUCAGGGAAAGCACGGGCAAGGAGGCGCUCCAAAACCUGGAUGAUAAACGGAGUGACCGUCUCUUGAUUAAAGGAGGAAAGAUUGUGAACGAUGAUCAGUCCUUCUGCGCUGACAUCUACAUGGAGGAUGGGGUCAUUAAGCAAAUUGGAGAAAACCUCAUCGUUCCCGGGGGGGUGAAAACCAUCGAUGCCCACGGCCGCAUGCUGAUGCCAGGUGGGAUCGACGUGCACACGCGUUUCCAGAUGCCUGACCGGGGCAUGACAUCAGCCGACGACUUCUACCAAGGCACCAAGGCGGCGCUGGCCGGCGGCACCACCAUGAUCAUUGAUCAUGUGGUCCCUGAGCCCGGCGUCAGCCUCAUGUCCGCCUUCGAGCAGUGGCGUGAAUGGGCCGACAGCAAAUCCUGCUGCGACUACUCACUGCACGUCGACAUCACCGAGUGGCACAAGGGGAUCCAGGAGGAGAUGGAAACGCUGGUGAAGGAUCACGGUGUCAACUCUUUCCUUGUCUACCUGGCAUACAAAGAUAUUUUCCAGCUUACCGAUGCUCAGGUGUACGAGGUGUUUAGCGUGAUCCGAGAUCUGGGAGCCAUCGCCCAGGUUCACGCCGAGAACGGGGACAUCGUUGCUGAGGAGCAGAGGCGGAUUUUGGAGCAGGGGAUCACUGGGCCUGAAGGACAUGUGUUGAGCCAUCCAGAGGAGGUGGAGGCAGAAGCUGUAAACCGUGCGGUUACUGUGGCCAAUCAGACCAACUGUCCACUCUACGUUACCAAGGUGAUGAGCAAGAGCGCCGCUGAUGUCAUCGCACAGGCGAGGAAGAAGGGUACUGUUGUCUACGGAGAGCCAAUCACUGCUAGCCUGGGAACUGAUGGUUCACACUACUGGAGUAAGAAUUGGGCCAAGGCUGCAGCCUACGUCACAUCUCCUCCCCUGAGCCCUGACCCGGCCACUCCAGACUAUCUCAACUCCCUGCUGUCCUGUGGAGACCUGCAAGUGACCGGAAGUGCCCACUGUCCUUUUAACACUGCCCAGCGUGCUGUGGGGAAAGAUGACUUCACCUUGAUUCCUGAGGGCGUCAAUGGCACAGAGGAGAGAAUGUCUAUCAUCUGGGACAAGUGUGUUGUGACUGGUAAGAUGGACGAAAACCAGUUUGUGGGCGUGACCAGUACCAAUGCAGCCAAGAUUUUCAAUCUGUACCCCCGCAAGGGCCGCAUUGCUGUGGGUUCGGAUGCAGACCUUGUGCUCUGGGACCCUGACGUAACGAAGAUCAUCUCUGCCAAGAGCCACAACUCUACUGUAGAGUAUAACAUCUUUGAAGGUUUAGAGGUGCGUGGCGGGCCUCUCGUGGUCAUCAGUCAGGGUAAGAUUGUCUUGGAGGAGGGGGUUCUCCAUGCCACUGAGGGCUCUGGGCGUUUCGUUGCCCGCAAACCCUUCCCUGACUACGUCUACAAGAGGAUAAAGGCUCGCAGCAGGCUGGCUGAGCUGAGAGGUGUACCCAGGGGACUUUAUGACGGUCCAGUCUGUGAGGUUUCCGUAACCCCAAAAACCAUGACACCCGUUUCAUCUGCCAAGACCUCACCUGCCAAACAACCCAACCAGCCUGUCCGCAAUCUUCACCAGUCUGGCUUCAGUCUUUCUGGCGCUCAGAUUGAUGACAACAUUCCCCGUAGGAACACCCAGCGCAUUGUUGCGCCCCCAGGUGGUAGAGCCAACAUCACCAGUCUGGGUUAAAGCUCCACCGCCACACCCCCACCCUGUGCCCUGCCGAGGAGGAAAUUUGUCAUAGGAGGGGUUCAGCUGGUGAGAUCAGGUGGAGAGGAGAUGCCAUAACACAUGAAGCUGAACCCCUUCCUUCACCUCAGCCACUCAGUUGUUCAGCAUUGACCCCGACACUUCCUCCUUUGCAGAUUUCUUACCCACCAACUUUCCAGUUUCCCAAACCUCGAUCGAACCCAGUUAGAAAUGAAUAAGCAAACAAAAAUCAAGAA